CUGAAUGAGCAAUGAGCGAAAGUGAUGCAUUGAUAUCACUAGGCGUUGUUGGAGAUGACCUCUGCAAUGACAAAGAGAUACUCCAAGCAGCGCAGAUUCUUGGUUUAGAUGUUGAGUUGCUUCGGAGUUUCGAGUCGGAUAGCCCUGACGUUGAAGUAUACGUUGUUAGUAACUUUGAGGGGUCUGAUUACAGAAAACUUAGACAUGCGAAAAAACAGGCAGUUAUCGGACCUCCAUAUUUGCUGUUCAAAGCAGCGACUCAACCUGGAAGUUUUGAGCCACCGGGUAAACCUGUGUAUUGCCUGGCACUUGAAGGUGCGGUGAUUUGCCUUACUGGCAUCUAUGAAGAAUCUGAGGGAGAUCAAUUGAUAUCGUAUGCAAUAAAAAUGGGUGCUCGUGUGAAGUCAGACGUGUCUUUGCAGGUAACCCAUUUGGUUGCCGCAAAUACUUUUUCUCCAAAAUAUCGACUUGCAGUUUCUCUCGGCUGUGAAAUCAUGUCAACUGAAUGGAUACACCAGUCUUGGGCACAAAAAGAUGAGCAUUUGUUUUCCGGACUGGAAAAGUCAUUUUCGUCUAAAUAUCGGCUGUCUCCAUUCUACAAUUGCAAGCUUGCAAUGUACGGCUUCUCCGAGGAUGAAAAGGGUCACAUGGAGGAUAUUGCAGCUGAUAAUGGUGCUCAAAUUGUGGAUAUGAAAGAUUCCAAACUGAACAUAGUGGUAGUCGACGAUGCUCGAAUUUGUUCAUUCCCAGAAUCAUCGAGUAUCGACGAUUCUUUGACCUUUGUCCGAGCUGAGUGGUUUUGGAUAAGUGUGCAGAUGCAGGUGUUUGCGAGACCGGAAAUGUUUCCAUUCGUUGACAAAACGAACACUCCUUUGCUUCAAAAAGCCAAAACCCCUCGGUCAGGCGGACCAAACAACUCGAACACUAAAAAGACCAAAAGAAGGAAACUUCAAGAUAAUUUUACUUUGCUGGCUCACGAUGAGAACUCACCAGUUUCUCCUGCGAUAUCCAAUCUUGACAGCUUUGGAGAAUCGGGAUCGGUCGUCUAUGAUUCACCGGAUUUUAAUUUAGGAGAUAAUGUUACGCCCACGAUUUCAAAACCAGGGUUGUCAGAACAGAAAUUUGGGUUGAACACUCCAACAGUUGAAGAAAGUCAGUUGAUUCCAAGAACAAAAAGGCACGGAAUAAUCAUGGAAUUGUAUCAAACAGAGACCAAUUAUCUCUCCAUUCUGAAAACAAUUAUCAAGGAGUUUAAGGAGCCGCUUGAAGCUGAAGAAGCUAACGGAAACCCGCUGAUAGAUACCGAAGACCGGAAAACUAUUUUUGACAAACUGCCGAAUCUGCAUGCAGUGCACUCCAAAAUCCAGUCGAAACUGUUUCACAUCGUUAACAACUGGAAUGAAGAUGUAUCAAUAGGUAAAAUUUUCCUUGAAUCCAUCGACGAUUUACAAAAAUCGUACCCUCCUUUCGUGAACUUUUUCGAGAUCGCCAAAGAGACGCUCGAUAAAGCAGACAAAGGCAAUCCGCGAUUCCAUGCUUUUCUCAAAGUUAGAGCUACAAAACCGGAGUGUGGACGACAAAGUCUUGGUGAUUUGUUCAUUCGACCGGUUCAAAGACUUCCGAGUGUUCUGUUGCUUGUAACUGAUCUUCUUAAAAAGACAGAUGCUUCCCAUUUUGAUCAUAAGUUUAUCGAAGAGGCACUUGAGAAGUUGAAAGAAGUUACUAGUCACAUCAAUGAAGAUAAGCGGAAAACUGAAAGUCGACUUGAAAUGCUGAGCAUCGCAAACACAAUUGAAAACAUACCUGCUGUGAUUAUAUCUUCACAUCGUCAGCUGAUAGCAAGUGUAGAUGCAGUAGAAAUAUCGGGACAGAUUACUGUAAGAACCGAGACUCUUUGUUUGUUUCUUUUUUCAGAUUGUCUCUUAGUCGCCAAAAAGAGAAGUAAGCCAACUAAAAGUCCAAGUGUUUCAAAAACUCCUCAAAGUAAGAGUUGUAAAUAUCUCGCGGUUAUAAGUUUGGGACAAGUAAAAGGGAUAUAUGACAUUGAAAAUGCGAACGAUGUCCCUUCUUCGUCUUUUGCGCUCAUCUACAAACCGCAGAUUGAGGGCACUGAAAAGUUGUUCGCGUUCAACGUCUCGGCCAUUUCAGAGAAGACUCACUUUAUAAAAACAAUCGCACAGCAGAUGAGUAUUACUCAAAUGAGAACCGACUCUGAGAACCUGAUCUCAAUUAUCCCAGCCAGUGAACUUAACUUAGACUUGAAUACAGAGGGAUCUAGUAAAAUAAUCAGCAAAGCCAUCUCAAAAGUGGCUAAAAAGACGUCCAUGAAAGUAUCUCAGGCUCUUACGGGUAGUGCUGGCAAGGCACUUAAUACCACCAAGGAGUCUAUUAAUCCAAGAGUCAGUACCCUGAUGAACGCAGUUACUCCUGUUAGAAGUACAAGUCGAGGGUUUCUAUUUUCAAGGAAACUGGUUAGUACCCUGGAUUUGACGUCGAGCCUGGAUUAUGACGACAGGACGUGCACGGAAGUGAAAAAGCGAACGCUACCCGAUCGAACGUCGUCAUUGGCUGAAAGCAGUGUGUCGCUUUCAAGAAACAAUUUUGGGUGAAAUACAAUCAUUUAACGAUUUAAGCAAUGAUCGGUUCCAGUCAACUAAAUUGCUUUAUUAACAUAAUUGUGGUUUGACAACACUUGAAAGCCUUCGACUUUCCGUGUUUAGACUUUCCGUGCUACCUGAUUGUUUUUGGCCAAAAUAAAACAAAAUUUGAUAGUUCAUUUUUCAUACAGUUUUUUCAAUCCGGGAAUAGUUUUGUUUAACUUGCGAUGAAUUGACUGGGUGCUUUUACGUGCGCUUCAAGUUGUGAUUGGUUUCAUUUUUGUGCUUUUGAGUUUUGAUUAUACUGUCCCAUGGGGCUAUUAUUGUUUCGUAUGAUGUUAGUUACUAAUUUUGAAUAAUUUGU